UACGCGAAGACGAAGGCGCUUUCAAGAGCUGCAAAAAAAGUGGAAUCCGUGAGGCACUCAGGUCAGGUCAGAUCAGAUCAGAUCAGAUAACGCCAAUCGGUCAAUCACCAGCGCGCUCCCUCCAAAGUACCGACCCCCAAUUACCAUAACCCAUAGCAUAGAGAGUCGAGAAAAGAAAACAAACGGAGAACACAGAAACAAAGGGAUAACAGCAAAGGGAGAAAGUCGAGACAGGAAAACCCCCCAUCCUUACCCUCCCUUUUUUUCGUUUGUGUUCGUUCUCAAUACCCCCAGAAUCUUCCUCUCCCCGUUUUGCCCCCACUGUUCUUGUUGAUUCUCUGCAUACCCUUUUCCUCUUAUGGCUGUUCCUUCCCUUCUCUUCCUCUACAUCACUCUCUUCGCUUGGCUGCGAUUGGCGUCUUCGUCCUCGGCGUUGUGCCCUAAAGAAUCGAAUUUGUUUCUCUACGGUCUUCAAUCUCAAUGCCCUCUUUCGAUCUCCCCCAACCCACCUCUCCAGGUGGAUGGAGACUUCCUUGAUAGAGCUUUGGCUUCCAAAGGGAGGAAUGGAUAUACUUCUGUACUCUUCUAUGCUUCUAGGUGCCCAUUCUCUUGCAGUGUACUUCCUGCUUAUAAAACCCUCAGUUCCAUGUUUCCGCAGAUAGAACAUUUGACAGUUGAGAAAUCUUCAGCCAUGCCGAGCAUAUUUUCAAGAUUUGGAAUCCAUAGCUGGCCAUCCAUAUUAAUGGUGAACAAGACAUCAAGGGUGCGAUAUCGUGGGCCCAAAAAUCUCUCGUCACUUGUUCAAUUUUAUAAGAAGACUACAGGCCUUGAACCAGUUCAAGAUUUUUCUGAGGAUCAACCAAUCUGCUUGGAGAGUGGAGAAACAUCCAAUUUCCUGUCAUCAAAUAGUGAGUGGUUGAAAGAGGUCUCAAAGAGGGAACCGUACUUGGUCUUCUCUAUAUCGUUCCUCUGCUGCAAGCUACUUGUAUACAUAUUCCCAGUAGUCUUAUCUCGUCUUGAAGCAUUUUGGGUCACAUAUAUUCCCCAUUUCAACCUGGAAAUAUUUGGUGAAACAAGCCAAAUAAUGGGACGUAUCCUUUACAUGAUUGAUGUACGGAGGGUUUGGACCAAGCUGAGGCUAUGCAAGACCAAGAACUUCCACGAAGGUGCAAAGAAUGCUCGUGUUUGGGCUUCUUCCUUGGCCUCUGUCGCUUUGGGUGAAUCAUCAGCUAGAUCGUCGACUUAAGGUGGAACUUUACGGUCUUGUUUUAGAGAAAUUGGGUGUAGAAAAGACCUCAUCGUUCAAAAUGAUAGACUAUGAACUGCUUUGAUGCUCUGGUGGUUGCAGGUCUCCCUCUCCCUCCUUCCCUCCUCCUCUUUCUUCUAAAAAAAGAAUAUGAUUCUUAAGUGAUGUAGCUGAAGCUGUUGUCCUCGUUUGAGUCGGGUUUUUUUUUUUUUUGGAGGAAGCAGACGACCAUGUAUAUUUGAGAACAGCUUUCUUCGUGUAAAUUGUCUGCUUUACAGAU